AUGUCCUGUCACAAACAGCAACAACUACAACAACAAAUUAGAUCAACCACCUUUCAGAGGCACAAGGCACUGCAGCUGCAGAAGGAACCCAAAUAUCCUCCAAAGAGUGCCCCCAGGAGAAACAAGCUCACCUACUCUGCAAUCAGCAAGCUCCCCCUGAACACUGAGUGCCAGAGGAAGACAGAAGACCACACACUUGUGCUCACUGUAAAUGUCAAGGCCAACAAGCACCAGAGAAAGUUCUGUGACACUGAUGGGGCCAAGGUCAACAUCCUUGACAAUCAGGUCAGGCCUGAUGGAGAGAAGAAGACACACUUCCCACUGGCUCUUGAUUAG